UAAGAUGAAAAUCAAAAAAAAUUUUCAUUUGUAUAUGUUAUGUUUUUAAGUUUUUUGAGAAGUUUUUCAAGAAAUGUUUCCCCCGGGCAACGCCGGGUGCUUCCCGCUAGUACCUCAUAAAUGAAACUGAAACUAUCAACUGGCGGUUAAUUAACAUAAUUUAUUCAUAAAUAUCGCUAUUUCAUUGCGACAAGUUCAACAUCCACGCCUCAUCACUGCACAUGAGACCGUCUCAUUAACAUAAUUUAUUCAGUUACACCGCCGCUCGUUGGGGGAGGGGAUUGUGUUCAAAGCCUACCAGUGACGUCAUGUCACCGCUUGCUGCCGCGUGACGUCACUUUAUAGCGGGAAGCUGCUGCACCGCGCGCGCUCUUACAGAUCCGAGAUAUUAGGGGCUGAACAGGCAUGGCAUUGACCAGAGAAGAGAUUGGAGGAUGUGGAGGUGAUCGGACCUGCCGAUGACUGGUGCCGGCAGUGUCAAGAUUGGCCUCUGUGGAGGAGGUCCGUGAGCCCGUGUGAUGAAUUGGGGAUAAUCUUGAAGAUAUGGAUAAAUAUAGACGUAAUUGGUCUGAUGGAGCAAAAGCACUCAGCGCGGCUCGGUAGACAAAGACAACAAUGGGACCAGUAUGCAAACAGCAUGGAUUCUACUGGAAAUUUUACACAGGACCAGAGAUCUCCAAUGGGAGAGAAACCCUUCAAGUUCACUGUGUGUGGGAAGGCAUUUUCAGAUUCAUAUGCUCUUAAAACACACCAAAGAACUCACACAGGAGAGAAACUCUUCAAGUGCACUGUGUGUGGGAAGGCAAUUUCAAGUUCAUUUAAUCUUAAAAUACACCAGAGAACUCACACAGGUGAGAAACCCUUCAAGUGCACUGUGUGUGGGAAGGCAUUUUCAAGUUCAUCUGAUCUUAAAAUACACCAGAGAACACACACAGGAGAUAAACCCUUCAAGUGCAGUGUGUGUGAGAUGACAUUUUCACAGUCAUCAAAUCUUAAAAAGCACCAGAGAACACACACAGGAGAGAAACCCUUCAAGUGCACUGUGUGUGGGAAGGCAUUUUCAAGUUCAUCUUAUCUUAAAACGCACCAGAGAACACACACAGGAGAGAAACCCUUCAAGUGCAGUGUGUGUGAGAUGGCAUUUUCACAGUCAUCAAAUCUUAAAAAGCACCAGAGAACACACACAGGAGAGAAACCCUUCAAGUGCACUCUGUGCGGGAAGGCGUUUGAACAGUCAACACAGCUUAAUACACACCAGAGAACACACAGGCAUCAGAAGACCCCCAAGGAGUGUAGUCUGAAAUCGACUUGUGAAAGUCAAAGUGCUGCAAUGAGCCCAUCCCUCGUGAAAAAAGAACCAGAAGUAAAUUCCAGCUUGGACACUAUGAAAUGUAUCAAGGUGAAAUUUGCAGAGGCGAAGGUGAAAUGUGAAGAGGUGAUAGUGAAGAGCGAAGAAGUGAAGGUAAAAUGUGAAGAUGAACAUUCAACUCCAAAAUCGGACCUUCACAUAAAUGGAUGCAACGUGAAGCAGGAGGAGAAUUCUGACUGUGAGGCAGAGCGAGGCAACUCCCAGCAGUUUGUGGAAGUGGAGGUGUGGGUGGACUUUUUGACAAUACAAAGUCAAAUGGAGAACCUGUAGAUGUGUAAGCUUGAGACAAUGAAGCUCCAAUAGAUUCACAUUUGUCACGGGCCUUUAAUGAAAAUAACGUGAAGUUGAACACUACAUUCCUAGGUUCAACCUGCAGAGUAAGAGCGGUCAGUAUUUGCGGACCUGUGGGUUGGGUAGAACUCUAACUAGGAUCGAGAGCCAAUAAGCUCCCAAGCAUUCACUAUGUUAUAAUAAUAUAGCAUUUAUAUGGGCUUGCUUAAUUGCCUCAGCAACUCGGAGUUUUGUAUCAUAUCUCAUCACAAACACUCGAAGAGCACACCUUUUGGCGUCCUCUGGAUUAACACCGUUUGAUACUAGGCUCGAAAGAAAGCUGUCUCUGGUGUGGACCAAUCAGUUUCAAAGACAAUGCAUAUGUUGUGUCCUAUGACUAACCACACGGUGAUCCGAGGGGAGAGAAUUCACGUAAAAACAGAGGCAUGACCCAUACAUCGAGACUACUGCAAGUUACAGAAGACUACAAGCGACAGAGAGUACUGCAACGGGCAGACUCCGGGGCAUGGCCUCGAGAUCAACAAUUGGUAUUGUGUUUUGAGUCGCUUGCAAAGUCAAGGAUUGCGAUAAGUUGUAUUGUACUAAGCUUUCACAGUUGUUCAAGAAGUGUGCGAAUACAACUAACAAGUUUUGAGAGUGAGUUCCAGCUCCCACAAGCAGCUGCGAUCGGCAGGCUCCGGGGACCCUGCCCCUGUGACUGGCACAUCGUCAACGAGCUGCACCAGCAGAAGCCACGAGUCUACGAAAUCAUUGCAAAGAGUUGACUCACUGCAAGCAGCAAGCUCUGGGGUUGGACUCUGCAAUCAACCAAGGAUGAAGAGGCUUGCCGAGUAGCAAUGGGUUACCUAGUACGAGCUCAGCGCUGGCAGAAGAAGUAUCACUCAAAGUUAUUUUACACUGAGUGCCAGCUCCCACGAGCAGCUGCAGCCCGAGAGAUAGAGUGACGAGCAACGAUGAGCAAUCAACCGGGAGAAAGGGUGGAAGCCCAAGCAUCGACCAAGCCAGCAUCGCAGAGAACCAGCUGCACGUGCAACCAGGCAUCGCCAGAGAGCACGGGGCCGGAGAGAGCGCAGCAGCGCCACCGAGCAAGGGUGUCAGCUGCCAGCGGACGAGCGGCGAGCUCUGUCAAUCACCUUCAAAGACAAGCAUCGUGCCGACUCAGCUCAUUCAGCAGGGGAAAGAGCCUGACCAGCCUCCCGUGAGGAAGGGGAGAGCGCCAGCGAGAGCGCCGUGGGUUCAACCCACACACACCGACCAGCACCAGCUGUGAACCAAGACAAGAGUGAGGAACGGCGACCAGCAGACAAGCUGCGGGCGCUAUCUGACGACGGAAUCAUCGCGCGCCGCUGACGGCAAGCGUCGUGCUGACUCUUCAUCCAGCAGUGGGCAGCAGCUCCAGCUGCCGCCGAGCGAGAGAGAGCGAGGAAGCUGUGUGUAUGACCCUCCCCCACACUCACAUACCACGUAUCACCCAGCGUCUGCUUGACGCAAAGAAUUGAUCAAGGAGACAAAACCACCAAACACACACAUACAGCACAUACCAGGACUAAUAAUAAGAAGAAUGAUAAGAGUGCGUCAACUAUUAGCUGAUAAUGAAGAACAUUGCUGCCCAUUGAGUCACAUGGAUACGGUCGUUGAGAGGUAUUUUAGUCGUUCUUUUUGUUAAUUUUAACUGUACCGAUUAAUUCAUUGAUGAAACUUAACGUUUAGAAACCUAUGUUACGAAUCCACACACUCUCAGGGAGACUAUUGCGUUGAAAUCUUUCUUUUCAUCACAGAAUCUUGCCCGCUAAUUUAUUGACGCCUUAGCCAAUUGAUAAGCAUUUGCUGAAGCAGGCACACUGCCGCACACCAUUGUUCCAAGACAUAUAGUUAAUUGUAUAAUCUACCAAUGAAUUCAUUGAGGUCUACUUUUACAAUCGGGACAUGUUUCUUUAUUGCCGUUCGUAUGAAUAUCGUCACAUUUAUUUUAAGGACUUUUUCCUAUCGCCGUAUAUCCUCGCGUUACUCUGAGAAAUGAACCGAUUCCUCUGUUACCCAGUUUAACAACGUAAUCAUUGAGGGUUAAAUGUACGGAUCAAUGAGGAGCACAUCUCCAGGAGUACUGUGUUGACAAUUCCAAGUGUAAUAAAGGACUCUUUCUCAA